GUUGAAAGUAUAUAUAUAAAAAAUAAAAAUAAUAAUAAAAUAAAAAAAAGAUGACUCUUUUGUUCAUUACAGCAUAAAGAAUAAAGAAUCUAUAACCUAUUAGGGUAAGUAUAGACUACACAUUAUUUAAUUUAAAGGGCACAGAACCCUAAGCCCUCUCAUCCACAAGGUUCCUUUUCUUUCAAUAAAUUAACAAACUAUCAUCCAAUUGAACUAAACAGAGAAGAAAGAAAGCUUAAUAAAUAGUUUCUAAGUUAGAAAAUUAAGGAUGGGUGAGUUCUAAAUAGUUUGAACAAAUAUGACCUCCAAUCUUUGCAAACUUCAUACACUAUGGAUUUGAUUAACAUAAUCAUAAUUUGUAAGAAGUUUUGGCUUCACAAGAAACCCAGAAAGCUUGUGCAAACAGUAAAAAGUUAGAAUUGUUUUAGAAAUUCUGUUUUCCAUCAACCACCACCAAACAAAUUCUUUGUCAUGUAUAGUAAAUUUAUGAGUCUAGACAGGAAUUGCACAAUAAUAAAUAAAGGGAGGGUUCAAUUUUAGGAACUAGAAAGGGAUGAACAACUGUCACGAAGGCAUUGGGUAUGGUUAAUAAUAAGAAAGAGGCCAAGGCUCUGGGUUUUGUGACACUGACUACAGCAUCUUGGUUUCUGAACUAUCAUCGAAUCUCCACUCCAAGAACGAGACCAGUGAUUUAAAUUUCCUAAAACCCUUCUCUCCCCAGAUUUCUAUUUCAUUUCUGAGUGCAAUUUCACUUGUUUUAAGCUGAGGGAUUGCUAUGAUGGUGAAUGUAGCAGAUUGCUGGAGUUUUCUGCACUGAGAGGCAAAGAAAAUGAUGGCUACUUGCAAAGAAGACAGACAAUGAAAUGGAUUUGGUUGCUUGCAGUGGAAAGAAAAUGGAAGUUGGGAAGGGUUUGAAAACUUUGGAUUGCUUAAGGGGAAGAUUGCUUGCAGAAAGACAAGCUUCAAGAUCAGCCAAAGAAGAGGCACAGCUUAUGGGGGAAAAGUUGAUAGAGUUGGAGAAUCAGAUUCGAAGGGAGACAGAGCUAAGGAACAAAGCUGAGAAGAGGCUUAAACUCUUGAUAAAGAAGCUUGAAUCCCUCAACAUUGCCUCCUCAACAUCAUUAGUAGCCUCAGAAAUUUCAACUUUAUCAGAUAGUUCGACAAAUUCCUCAGCCUUAAAGGAAACAGAAAACCAAGAAUCAAGAUCAGAGAAUGUGGAUUCAACGAUCUCGGAAAAUCAAUGCGAGAAAGUUCCAGAAAUCGCCACAUCCAAACAGCGCGAUGAGAAAAAACCUAAUCAGAAUACUCCAGAUCGAGCAAAUUCAAGCCCUAACUCCGAAUCUCGCAACAAUUCCUGCACCGAUCCCCACCGAUCUUCUCAAAUCCCCCAAAGAAAAGAUCAAAGCUUUUCAUGAGAAGUAAAGGAGAAAGAGAACAAGCAUUACACUGAUAAUUUGAUAGCAUCUGUUCCCGGAGCGACGCCGGCGGCAAACUCAA